AUGACAGCUUCAACUUCUAAACAUCUUAAAAUUUUGAGUAAAGUUGUUGGAUCAAAUAAAUACUCUUUAAAAGCUUCAUUAGUUGGAAUUGUUCAAGAGGCAUCUGAUUUUAAGCAUGGAGAAAAUGCAAUUAUUAAAGUUUUAAAAAGAGAAUAUGACAUUAGUAAUGGUAAAGUUCCAUCAUUAGUGAAGUCAACUCAUUCUAAGCUUUUGUCAAUUUAUCAUAAUAUUUGUAAAGAAUCUGAAAAAAUAUUCAAGCAUAGCAAAAUUGAAGAGAUAAAGAAGAUAUCUGUUUAUAAAGUAGUUCACAAUACUAGAAAGUCAUCUGGUUUUAAGACAAAUGUUGUUGAUAUUGAAAAUGAAUAG